UUUCUUAUACCAUCCUUCCAUGUUUAUUCUCAUUCUUUUAGGUAAAACUAGACAACUACAUUGGCACCCAUUCAAUGAAUAGUGGAAAGUGGAAUGGAAGGCCAUGGAUAAUGCUACAGCAGUAUUCAAGUUUCUCCUUAUUGGAAUAUCUAACUAUCCUGAGUGGAGAGUCACAUUUUUCACAUUGGUGCUGAUCACUUACCUCAGCACAUUAUUGGGGAAUGGACUUAUCAUCUUUCUUAUCUACAUUGACCCUCACCUCCACACUCCAAUGUAUUUCUUCCUUAGUAACCUGUCUUUCUUAGACCUUUGCUAUGGAACAGUCUCCAUGCCCCAGGCUUUGGUGCAUUGCUUCUCUGCUCAUCCUUACCUUUCUUACCCACGAUGUUUGACGCAAAUAAGUGUCUCCUUGGCCUUGGGUACAGCAGAGUGCCUCCUACUGGCUGUCAUGGCCUAUGAUCGUGUGGUUGCUGUUGGCAAUCCCCUGCGCUAUUCCGUGGUCAUGAAUGGCUCAGCGUGUGUCUGGCUGGCUGCUACCACAUGGGGGGCAUCUCUUGUGCUCACUGCCAUGCUCAUCUUAUCCCUGAGGCUUCACUUCUGUGGGGCGAAUGUCAUCAACCAUUUCGUCUGUGAGAUUCUCUCCCUUCUUAAGCUGGCCUGUUCUGAUACCAGCCUCAAUGAGCUUCUGAUCCUCAUCACAGGCAUUUUUACCCUUCUCCUACCCUUUGGGUUUGUUCUCCUCUCCUAUGUCCGAAUUGCCACUGCUGUCCUAAGGAUUCGCUCAGCCCAGGGUAGGCUCAAGGCCUUUUCUACCUGUGCUUCUCAUUUGACUGUGGUGGUAAUCUUCUAUGGGGCAGCCAUUUCCAUGUAUAUGAAACCACAGUCCAAGUCAUCCUCAGAUCAAGACAAAUUUAUCUCAGUGUUUUAUGGGGCUCUGACACCCAUGCUGAACCCCCUAAUAUAUAGCCUGAGGAAUAAGGAUGUUAAAGGGGCAAUGAGGAAAGUUAUGGCAAAAAAGACAUAAGUCUUCUUUGCUUCUAAACUUCUAAA